AUGCAUAUGGCUAAAUGGACUGAUCGAUAUGCAAACUCUGAAAUACUAGAAAUCCAGAAAUACUAUAAUUGCUGUGGAUUUUAUGGAUUUAAUGAAUUUCCACCACAAAAAUGCCAAACUCAGUCAGGAGUUCCAUGCGUAUAUGCACUAAUUAAGGCAUUAAAGAGGCCUUUGCGUGGAUUAGGCGUUUUAUUUUUUUCAUACGGAUUUUCUCAUUUAUUAUCAGAUUUUCUCUUUAUUAUUGCAUAUGAUCCAGAAGAUGAUCCAUAUGCUAUUAUGAUUUCAAAGAUGCGUCAAUAA